UGUCAUUGAUAUAGAAUCUCCCAAAAACAAGGGGGAACAAAGAGUGAUGGAUGAAAAGAAGACCCCAGCAACGAUUUUACUCUGAAACCUGCUCUGCUCCGCAUUUCAUCACCUCUGCAAUUACUUGCACUUGUUCUAAGCUGCAGCAAAGUAAGCACUUUUUGUUCUUCUUUAACCUUUGCUAUCUCAGUCUCAAUGAAGCUGCUAUUAUUUAUCCUAUGCUGGUCUGCUUCUUUCUAUGGUACUUCUACCUUGAGUUUGGAUGGGUUGACUCUAUUAUCACUACUGAAACGCUGGACUUCCGUGCCUCCUUCCUUAAAUUCAAGAUGGAAGUCCUCUGAUUCUACCCCUUGUUCAUGGCCAGGGAUACAAUGUGACCGUUACCAGAAUGUGGUCUUUCUAAACCUCACCGCAUCUCAGAUUUUUGGUCACCUUGGGCCAGAAAUCGGACAGCUGACUCACUUGCAGAAACUUCUGUUGGCCACAAAUGGUUUCUCAGGUACAAUACCCCCACAGAUAUGUAAUUGUCGUCUGCUUGAGUACGUUGAUCUUUCUGAGAAUCAUUUGUCAGGAAAUAUACCUUCAGAAAUUGGUAAUUGCAAAUCUUUGAAGUCGUUACAAUUAUAUUCCAAUCAACUCGGAGGAGCCAUUCCAAAUGAAUUGGGAAGCCUAAGUAAAAUGGAGGACAUUAAAUUGUAUUUCAACCACUUGACUGGUGAAAUUCCACUUGCCAUUUGGAAGAUUCAGAGUCUUAAGCAUAUCCUUCUUCAUAACAAUAGCCUUUCAGGGAAAUUACCUUCAGAGAUGACAGAACUCAAGCAUCUGAAAAACAUCUCAUUGUUUGACAACCAAUUCUCUGGACCAAUUCCUCAAAGCCUGGGAAUCAAUAGCAGUUUAGUGAAGCUGGACUUGAUGAAUAAUCAGUUUACUGGUGGCAUCCCCCCAAAUCUUUGUUUUGGAAAGCAACUCCGCACACUGCUUUUAGGUCAUAAUCAAUUUCAAGGGGGCAUACCUCCAGAUUUGGGAAGAUGUGCAACUCUUGCAAGGUUGGAUCUCAGUGACAAUAAUCUUUCUGGGCCUAUUACUAAAUUUGAAGGUAAUAAGGAUCUCAUGUACAUGGACAUGAGCAAGAACAACAUCAGUGGAGAAAUUCCAUCUACUUUGGGAAGCUGCACAAAUCUCAUUGGUUUAAUUCUGUCCACAAAUAACAUCACAGGGCUUAUACCCUCAGAGUUAGGAAACCUUUUGAACCUUCAGGUUCUGAAUCUUGCUCACAAUAAUCUAGUCGGUACUUUGCCGCUGCAACUGAUGUACUGUACCAAAAUGUUUACAUUUGACGUGGGAUUCAAUUUUCUUAAUGGUACAUUCCCAUCAAGCAUGAGGAGCUGGACAGUUUUGGGCAGAUUAAUUUUAAGCGAUAAUAAUUUUAGUGGGUUUGUCCCAUUUUUCCUCUCAGAGUAUGCCCAGCUUCUCGAAUUACAACUUGGUGGAAAUAUGUUUGAAGGGGUAAUUCGCCCAUCAAUUGGAUCAUUUAUUCACUUAUAUGAGUUGAAUCUGAGUUCUAAUAAAUUAACAGGUGUGAUCCCUUCUACAUUUAAUGGCUUGUCGAUGCUUGAAAGCCUGGAUUUAUCCCUGAACAAUUUGACAGGAAACAUACAAGCUCUUAGCUUAUUUUUUUCAUUAACAAAAUUCAAUAUAUCUUACAACUCAUUUUUUGGUCCUUUACCAGAAGGGGUAACGGGAUCCCCAUCAUCUUUCUUGGGAAAUCUUGGCCUCUAUGUUGUCUCGGGUUACAAAAGCGACUCUGAAUCAACAGACCACAAAGGCAAUAAAAAACCAAUUUUCUUUAUAGCACUUGGAUUCGUAGUGCUUGUCAUUUGGUUGUCAUUUGUAAUUUGCCUCCCAUCUGUCACUCUCAUCCGCUGGUUUAUGCAAAUAUCUGAUGGGGAGGUCAAUGGUGACCAUGAAGGACAAGAGGAUUUGUUUUCAAACGAGGAAGGAUUUUCUAGAAUUUUUAACCUACUAGAUGCUACAGAACAGCUACAUGAUGAACAUAUAAUUGGUGAAGGAGGGCAAGGAAUUGUUUAUAAAGCCGAACUUGAUAUUGGAGUUUUUGCUAUUAAGAAGGUUAAAUUUGCACAAAGCAAUAGGAGGAAACCAAACAUGAUCAGGGAAAUUGAAAUGACUAGGAAGAUUAGGCAUCAAAAUGUGGCAAGAUGCCUAGGCUCCCGGAUUGGUGAGGAAUAUGGUCUAACCAUUAGCAGAUACAUGGAAAAUGGAAGCCUUCAUGAUGUUUUACAUGAAAAUGUUCCGCUUCCCUACUUAGCAUGGAAUGUCCGCUAUAAAAUUGCCAUUGGAAUUGCAAAAGGACUAGCAUACCUCCAUCAUGAUUGUGAUCCCCCCAUAUUGCACAGAGACAUCAAACCAAAGAAUAUACUCCUUGAUUCUGAUAUGCAACCUUGUAUUACUGAUUUUGGUAUUUCGAUUGCUUUGAAUCAACCCUCUUCUACGGUGCGGCUACGGUCAGCAUAUCAUAUAGGUACUCGUGGCUUUAUGGCACCAGAGAUUGCAUGUAUGGUAGUGCCCAGCUGUGAGCUUGAUGUAUAUAGCUAUGGGGUAGUUUUGCUUGAGCUGAUAACUAGAAAGAAAGUAUUAGACUCCUCGUUUUUGGAAGAGGAAACCACUUUGGUGGGGUGGUUUAAAUCUGUAUGGAGGAGAACGAAUGAACUUGAAGAGAUUGUUGAUUCAUCCCUUGUAAGGGAGCUUUCAGGUUUAGACGUAAAGGUGCAAUUCAUCAAAGUGCUUUUGGUGGCUCUAAUUUGUACUGAGACAGAUCCAGGAAAGAGACUGAAAAUGAGGGAUGUCAUCGAAUUCUUUGAAACGCCCACUGAUCCAGCAUCCUUAAAUUCUGAGUUGCUACCAUUCUUCCUUUUUAUUCUAAACGUUUCUAUGCUCCUAUUUCCAAUCCCCAAGGAGGAAGUCAAGAUCACUGCCAAUAGAGGUUCUUACCCAAUUAUUCACAAAGUGAUGGCGCACGAUGAAAAAUUGAACAAUUCAAAUAUUAUUGGCAGAGGAGCUCAUGGUGUUGUCUACAAAUAUUCACUGGGAGCAUCCCUUGUUUAUGCUGUAAAGAAGGUUGCAUUUGCUGGUAACAAAAGAAAGAUUGUAAAGAUAGCCAGAGAAAUUGAAAUCAUUGCAAAGAUUAGGCACCCAAAUCUAGUCAGAUUGCUAGACUUUUUGUUUAAAAAGGACUACUGUCUGAUCUUGUACAAUUACAUGCCAAAUGGAAAUCUUCAUGAUGUUUUGCAUGAAAAGAAUCCACUGCCAUGCCUAGAGUGGAAUGUCCGGUAUAGGAUUGCCGUUGGAAUUGCUCAUGGGUUGGCUUAUCUCCAUUAUGAUUGUCAUCCUGCCAUAGUGCACUGUGCCAUCAAACCUAAAAAUAUACUUCUGGAUUCUGAUAUGGAUCCCUGCAUUGCUAAUUUUGGUAUUGCCAAGCUUUUGGAUCAGUCUUCUUCAACACCAUCUUUAGCAGUUCCAGGAACACAAGGGUAUAUAACACCAGAGAGUACAUAUACAACAGCAAAUACCAGGGAGUUUGAUGUUUACAGUUAUGGGAUAAUUUUGCUUCAGUUGAUAACUAGAAAGAAGGAAGUAGAUCCAUCAUUUAUGAAUGGAACUGAGAUAGGAAUUUGGGUCAGAACUCAAUGGAGGGAAACAGGAGCCGUUAGUACAAUUGUUGAUUCAAGCCUUGCAGAGGAGGUUUUGAAGUCAGAUGCACUUGGACGAGUUACCAUAGUGCUUUUGCUGGCUUUGAGUUGCACAGAGAAGAAUCCACACAAGAGACCCACAAUGAGAGAUGUUAUCAAGCAGUUAGAAGAUGCCAAUCCAAGGACAAGGAGUAAAAAGCUUCCAAGUUCCAACGCCUUAAAGAUUGAUUCACACAUGUGA